AUGGGACCUAGGACCAUUUGGCUGUGCGUUUGGGUGGCGGCAGCGAGCGCGUCACUUGAAGUUGUGAAUCAAUGGAACUUCCUACAGUUCGAUUUCCCACCUGAUCCUGUUCUGUUGGAAAAGUUCCAACCGGAGAAUACGGUUCCUACUGGCUUAGAGAUCGGAUGGGACCGACUCUACAUCGGUAUACCGCGGUUGCGCGCGGGUGUGCCGGCUACACUGGCCUGGGUUCCACGCAGCUUGCCACCAGGAGUUAGUCCAGUUUUACAGGCAUACCCUGACUGGUCAUGGCAUACAGCUGGUCGCGGAGAUAUCAACUGCACGGGUUUGAUAUCCGUGUACCGCGCACGGGCUGAUCGCUGCAACAGGCUAUGGGUGCUGGAUUCUGGUGUCUUUACGAGUCUGGACGACUUCCGACGAGUUUGCCCGCCAAAGAUCCUUAUCUUCGACAUGGCUACCGACCGCUUGGUAAGGAGCGUGUAUUUCCCACGAGAACUGCUGCGGCCCAGCUCUCUGCUCACUAACUUAAUCCUGGACGACACGAGGUCACCCAACCCCCAUCUGUCGGCUUCAUGUGACAACAUCAUCGCUUAUAUCAGCGACACGGUUACGCCUGGAAUCAUCGUAUACGACAGUAGCCGCGACAACGCUUGGCGUGUAACCCACGCUUCCAUGUACCCCGACCCUAACUUGGGCGAGAUCGAAAUCUUGGGCGACAAGUUCACGCUCAUGGAUGGCAUCGUCGGUCUAGCGCAUUCACCUGCUCAAGGUCUUCUGUACUACCAACCUCUUGCUACUGACCGAUUAUUUAGCGUAUCAACAGCAGUUUUGGCGUCCGGUCCUCCAGCUGAAGGGGCAGUCUUGCCAGUUAACCUAGUGGGUCGUAAAUCAUCCCAGGGUUUGGGUGUGGCUGUGGAUCCACGCGACGACAGCAUAUUCUUCAACCCCAUGACUGAGACCGCGCUUGUUGCUUGGAAUCCUAUCACUAAUACUCACAGAUUGCUUGCUCAAGACCCUGAGAAGCUGCAGUUCUGCGCUGAGGUACGAUGGGUGGAGCGCGAUAACGGCGCUAUCUGGGCGCUCUCCUCCCGUUUCCAGAAAUACUUCCUGCGGACCGUCACCAAGCACGAGAUCAAUGUUCGGAUCGUACGCGUUGUAGACGGCGGUUACAACAGCCUUCCGUCACACGUAUUAAGGCGGGCCGCCACAAACUUCAACUCAACCGUCUAUUAA